AUGGAUGCAAUGGUUUCAGCUCUAACUCAAGUAAUUGGAAGCAGCCACAAUAACUCAGCUCAAGUGCAUGAAAGUCCAUUGACCACAACACAAUCCAGCACAGAAAAUGACCAAACCCAACCGGCUGUUCAAGACCAAGGGAAUGCGAGGAGAAGACAUUAUAGAGGAGUUAGGCAACGACCAUGGGGAAAAUGGGCUGCUGAGAUUCGAGAUCCCAAGAAGGCUGCUCGAGUGUGGCUAGGCACUUUCGACACGGCAGAGGCAGCUGCCCUUGCUUAUGAUGAAGCCGCUCUUAGGUUCAAAGGAAGCAAAGCCAAGCUCAACUUUCCUGAAAGGGUUCAGGCUGGCAGGACUGAAUUAGGUUUCUUUACUAGUAGCCAAGAUUUGCGUACGGUGACUGAACAUGUCCCUUAUCGCGUUAUGGCUCCUCUAGCUCGUCCCCAACGAUCACAAGAUGCCUAUAAUCCAAACCAAUUUCAAUAUCCACAAUUUCUUGGAACUACAGCAGGCUAUGGCGUGAACUAUGCCAUGCCAGCCAUUCCACAUGGUGGAGAAACAUUUCUUUCACCGACUUCAUCCAGUGCAUCUUCUACUUCCCUGCCGAUAUCUUCUCAAGAACAGCAACAUCAACAACAGCAGCAGCAGCAACAAGAGGAACAAUUAAGAUUUUCAAUGCAGUUUGGAAGUUCUUACUCUCGUUAUGAUCCUUCUACAUACAAAUAG